GGAGCAUCGAUCCGAAGGAGACAGCGAGGGGAGGGGGACGCUAGGGGCAGACACCCUCCCUCCUGCGCGCACACACGCGCGCGCGCAUACACACCACACACACAGUCACACACACAAGCCAUAGGGCCUCGCAGGCAGGGAGACGGAUCCGGGACUGGAGAGAGGCAGCGCCGCCGAAAGCGACCGCGAGGAGGGGCGAGGCGGCGCGGGGAGCCCUGGGUCCCGCUCCCGGGUCCGGGGCCCCGCGCGCACACCGGCCCAGAGACAGCCUCGCAGAAGCUCGUAGGCGCGCACGCGCACCCUCUCCCCUCCCCCUCCCCUCCCCCUCCCCUCCCGCCGCCUCCCGGCCGGACGAUGGAUCCCUGCAGAUCCCAGGGCUGAGAGCACCGCGCACCGCGCCGAGCCCGGGCAGACCGAGCCGAGGCGAGCGAGCCAGCAAGCCAGCGCGCGCGGGCGGGCGGACAGAUCGGAGCCGAGCGGGGCCGGGCGGGCCGCUCCCUGCAGGGCUCUGCGCGGCGUGCCGCGGCGGCCGCGGGCUCCGGCCCCGGGCCAUGAGCCCCUCCGCGACUCGGCGCUGAGCCUGCGACCGGUCCAGCGCCCCAGGACCCGCCGCCGGCUGCCGGCUUGCCGAAGCCCCCUCAGGAUCCCCUCGACAAGGAUGGAACUGAAGGCCGAGGAGGAGGAGGUGGGUGGCGUCCAGCCGGUGAGCAUCCAGGCCUUCGCCAGCAGCUCCACGCUGCACGGCCUGGCCCACAUCUUCUCCUACGAGCGGCUGUCUCUGAAGCGGGCACUGUGGGCCCUGUGCUUCCUGGGCUCGCUGGCUGUGCUGCUGUGUGUGUGCACGGAGCGUGUGCAGUACUAUUUCCACUACCACCAUGUCACCAAGCUCGACGAGGUGGCUGCCUCUCAGCUUACCUUCCCUGCUGUCACGCUGUGCAACCUCAACGAGUUUCGCUUUAGCCAAGUCUCCAAGAAUGACCUGUAUCAUGCUGGGGAGCUGCUGGCCCUGCUCAACAACAGGUAUGAGAUACCAGACACACAGAUGGCAGAUGAAAAGCAGCUGGAGAUACUGCAGGACAAAGCCAACUUCCGCAGCUUCAAACCCAAACCUUUCAACAUGCGUGAGUUCUACGACCGAGCUGGGCACGACAUUCGAGACAUGCUGCUCUCCUGCCACUUCCGGGGGGAGGUCUGCAGUGCUGAAGACUUCAAGGUGAAGCCCAUGCAGGUGGCAAAGGAGCUCAGGCGAUGCACCCUACCAGGAACAGUUUUCCAGGGCACACAGAGGGCAAGAAAGGGUGAGAAACAGGUCUUCACACGCUAUGGAAAGUGCUACACGUUCAACUCGGGCCGAGAUGGGCGGCCGCGGCUGAAGACCAUGAAGGGUGGGACGGGCAAUGGGCUGGAAAUCAUGCUGGACAUCCAGCAGGACGAGUACCUGCCUGUGUGGGGGGAGACUGACGAGACGUCCUUCGAAGCAGGCAUCAAAGUGCAGAUCCAUAGUCAGGAUGAACCUCCUUUCAUCGACCAGCUGGGCUUUGGCGUGGCCCCAGGCUUCCAGACCUUUGUGGCCUGCCAGGAGCAGCGGCUCAUCUACCUGCCCCCGCCCUGGGGCACCUGCAAAGCUGUUACCAUGGACUCGGAUUUGGAUUUCUUCGACUCCUACAGCAUCACUGCCUGCCGCAUCGACUGUGAGACGCGCUACCUGGUGGAGAACUGCAACUGCCGCAUGGUGCACAUGCCAGGGGAUGCCCCAUACUGUACACCAGAGCAGUACAAGGAGUGUGCAGAUCCUGCUCUGGACUUCCUGGUGGAGAAGGACCAGGAGUACUGCGUGUGUGAAAUGCCUUGCAACCUGACCCGCUAUGGCAAGGAGCUGUCCAUGGUCAAGAUCCCCAGCAAAGCCUCAGCCAAGUACCUGGCCAAGAAGUUCAACAAAUCUGAGCAAUACAUAGGGGAGAACAUCCUGGUGCUGGACAUUUUCUUUGAAGUCCUCAACUAUGAGACCAUUGAACAGAAGAAGGCCUAUGAGAUUGCAGGGCUCCUGGGUGACAUCGGGGGCCAGAUGGGGCUGUUCAUCGGGGCCAGCAUCCUCACGGUGCUGGAGCUCUUUGACUACGCCUACGAGGUCAUUAAGCACAAGCUGUGCCGACGAGGAAAAUGCCAGAAGGAGGCCAAAAGGAGCAGUGCGGACAAGGGCGUGGCCCUCAGCCUGGACGACGUCAAAAGACACAACCCGUGCGAGAGCCUCCGGGGCCACCCUGCCGGGAUGACAUACGCUGCCAACAUCCUACCUCACCAUCCGGCCCGAGGCACGUUCGAGGACUUUACCUGCUGAGCCCCGCAGGCCGCUGAACCAAAGGCCUAGAUGGGGAGGACUAGGAGAGCGAGGAGGCCCCCAGCUGCCUCCUCACAUCUGCCCUGGGGACUCCCCACACUCCGGGGCAGGUCUUUUCUCUUGUCUGUGGUAAGGAAGGAGUCUUGACCAUAGAGUCCUCUCCCGGCCUCUAUCCCAUUCUUUUUACGUUUAACAAAACUAAUCUAAAAAAGAACUAAAAAGGGAGAACGGGGCAAGGGAUCUCAGGCUGCCCCUCUCUCCUCCAUGCUGCCUCCCCUAGCUUCCAGCCUGAAUUCUGUCUAUCUAGCUGUCUGCCAUCUGAGUGUCCAUCUACAUUCUGCUGCCACCAGUCACCAAAGGCCCUUCCCAGUGAGGGGUGGAAGGGAUCUCUGGGGUCUGGAAUCUGGCCCCAAACCAGAGAAUGUACCUUAAGGAGGAGGGCUAGUGUGGGGGAGGAAGGCUUCCCCAGCCUUAAGAGACCCUGUCAGCCCAGUGACUGUCCCCAAACCCAAGUCUCCUGGCAGGACUAAAACCUCAACCCCACUCUCUCACACCAUGUGGAAUCUCGUGGGGGUCGGGGAUCCCCUUAAGAAGUGGUAAUGGGGACAAGAUGUGGCCCUGGUGCUGUAGGCUACAUCCUGAUACCUAUAAGUUCACCCCCCACCCACAGCUGCUGGAGAGAAAUCCCAAGAGGCAGCCCUUCCUCACCAUCCCAUAAAAGACCUGGCUGGUUAGCGUCCAGCUCAGGGAGAAGGGUGCUGGUGCCUAACC